AUGAAAUAUCACCCUAUGGCAAGGUUUCCAUUGCGCUUUAGUAGCAUUUUCUGGACUAGGCAUGAUGUUGAACACGACGAGAGCGAGGUAUUCAAGUGCUUCGAAUCCAAUGUCAUAAUCGUGGCCGAUGACGCUGAAGGCGUCCCAUUGAUGAUCGCGGCAAAGAAGCACGAAACAAUUUUGCGACGGGGACGUGCUUACAGGAUUGAGGGCCAGGUCGCUGCAGGUGGCCGCAACAGCAUUUCUACGGUCUUCGAGGACGUGGUCAACACUAUCGCUAUAGAUCAAGCAGAAGUCCGUGUCAACGCCUUGGUUAACAAAGUCUCAGCUCACGGCGUUGGUCAGAUUGUCGACUGGGAUCUUCGCUCAGCAUCGGAAGAAGGAUGCUACAACGAAGUUAUUAAAGUUUUACACUGGUGCACAGGUUCAAGUGGAGAACGUGUGGAGUUUCAUGCAAAUUGGCUGAUCAAUGCGCAGGUCGCAGAAAGCAUAUCAGGCGAUGCACUGUGCGCAGGCAAUGUCAUAGGGUUACGUGGCAAUGUGACUGGUUUUCUAUCAAGAGACAAUACUUGGGAAAUUCAAGUGACCGAGAUUCUAUUGGUCCAGUGUGAACUGAAACGCAGACAGAGCAGACGCCAACAGGGCUUGAGUCCAGCCACGUCGGAGUAA